CAGAAAGCCACGUGACCAUCCCAGGCCAUCUAAACGGCUGAGAACGAUCCUCUACAGAUCGGACGAUCCAAGGGACCAUCGUCACCGUUAAUCACGCUCUGAUCACGUGGCCGCAUCUCAUCCACCAGACUUUGGAUCCUGUCUCCUUAGUGCUAAAGGACACAGAGGUACGAGCCUAUAGAACAGAUCCUGUUCAAGUAAGGUCGUGCUAUUUGUUGUCGUCCCGUCGAAUUAUAAACACCUCGUUCUCGCCUCUGGUUCCCGAUGUGACGAACGCCCGCCGGGGAAGUAUCUGCAGCUAACUGGUCCGCCGCUUCCGUCUUCAGCUCAAGAAGAUGGAUGGCAAUAUGAAGGUUUUUCAAGAAAGGUUACUGGAGCUUGAAACUGAAGGAGAGCAGUUACUUCUAGCUCGGCAUAAGGUGAUUGAAAAUGACAGACUAAGGAAUGGGAACAGGGAGGCACUUACAGCACUAAGGAAGAGGGCUCGAACAACCAAAACAAGUCUUCCAUCCCCUUUUGAGUCCAUAAUGAAGGACAUUGUGCCAGGUCCUAUGGUGAAGGAGGUCUGUACAACGUGCGGUGACCAUGACUCGGAAGAGAGGACUUGGAUGAUGUUCCCAGGAGCUGAUGUUUUUGCAAGAGUUCCAUUUCAUGCUGCUCACACCAUUUUGGAAACAGAUCAGGGAAAACUCGAUUACGAGGCCAAGAAGUUGCAGAGUUAUGUGAAAGAGAAGUCGCUUUUGAUUUCUGAGCAAGGUGCUCUGUCUGAUAAGAUUAGCCCAAAUGUUCUUAGAUCUCUCGUAACCUUAACAGACAAAUCCAAGUGAUAUGAAUGGUUUAAUGGAUAGUAGUUUUCAAAUCCUAUGAGAAACUCUACUAUUUUCUUCAUGUUGUUACUUUUACCAAGACAUG